ACAUAUGGAGCUUUCACUUUCUUCUCAUCCUCUCUUCAACUCUUCUUCUUCAUUAUUCAAUUCAAGAUUUAAGAUUUCACAAACCCCUCUUUUCUCCACAAAUAUUCAUCACCAACCUUUCAGUGGACUAAACCACAAACUAACUGUUUCAAUGGAACCUCAAACAACUAUUCCUCAUGCUUUUGAGAAUGGGUCUUCAAUAACUUCAUCUCAAACAGGUCGAAUGGGGGAGGUGAAGAGGGCUACGAAGGAGACGAAUGUGCAUGUGAAGAUAAACUUGGAUGGAACAGGUGUUGCGGAGAAUAAUACUGGGAUCCCAUUUCUUGAUCACAUGUUGGAUCAACUUGCUUCACAUGGAUUGUUCGACGUGCAUGUGAAGGCUACUGGGGACAUUCACAUUGAUGAUCACCACACAAAUGAAGAUGUUGCACUUGCCAUUGGAACUGCAUUGUUGCAAGCACUUGGCGAUAGAAAGGGAAUCAAUCGCUUUGGUGACUUUUCAGCUCCAUUAGAUGAAGCACUGAUUCAUGUUUCACUGGAUUUAUCAGGAAGGCCAUAUUUGGGUUACGAUUUACAAAUACCUACUCAGAGAGUUGGAACUUAUGACACUCAGUUGGUGGAACACUUCUUUCAGUCUUUGGUCAACACUUCUGGAAUGACACUCCAUAUUCGACAGCUCGCAGGAAAAAAUUCUCAUCACAUCAUUGAGGCAACUUUCAAGGCGUUUGCUAGAGCUCUUCGACAAGCAACUGAAUAUGACUUGCGUCGUGGUGGAACUAUACCCAGCUCAAAAGGGGUUUUGUCUCGAUCAUAAAAUAUACCGCAAAGAUUCAGAGCAAAACAUAAUAACCAGUGGACAUUCAUAGUGGAUGUUGUUAAUGGGGAAAAUAGCUUUUUCUAAACCAUCUCUGCUGCAUGUGACAAAUUGCAGUCAGCAUAGUGAGGCAUGAUGGGGUUUGGACUUUGUGGUCUUGGAUGCUUGGACAUAGUUAUUUUGGUAUAGUAGAACAGGGAUUCAUGGAGGAGAGCCCAGGCGUAACAGUAAGAGUUGUCACCGUGUAAUCAAGAGGUCAGGGUUUAAGCCGUGGAAACAGUACCCGGCAAAAAUGUAAGACUAGACCGCGUAUAAUAGAUCCGAUUUGGUUUGGACCUUCUUUGAAUGUCUUUUUUUAAAAAAAAAAAAAAAGAAAAAAAAAAGAGGAACUUCCUUUUAAAAGCAAUAAAGACUGUAAGCAUGCCAUGAGAGGCUUCAGCGAAGGGCUUCAAUGAAUUGUGCUGUGGCUGGAAUACUCAUCUUUAACGUUGCAUAAUGCAAAAUAUAUGUUAUAUCAGAGUUCUUUAGA